AUGGAUUCAGUUCAAUGCAGGGCGCUAUGUGACAGAUGGAGUGAAUGCAGUGAUGUCUGCGACUACGAUUCUGAAGAAAUGAAAUAUAUGCAAAACAAAUUGGAUUCCCCAAUGCCAUGGAUUGGCAUGUGUAUUACGGCAGCUUCUGUAGUCUGCUCCCUUGCAAUAGCAGCUGACACCUUCCAUGGUUUUCGUAGUAAAAGGCUGUGGUUCCCAUGUAAGUACUUCUCUUUCAAUGCAAUGUCUUUGACAAUAUUAGCAGUCACAUUGAAACUACCAGUGGAUUUUACUGCUAAUAUGUUGGGGAUUAAUGAAAGCAUUGCACGGGUUAGUAGCCUCGUUUUCAUGUCAAUUGUGAUGGCAAAUUUUAUGACAUCUUUGGGAUCCAUGGACGCUAAUGAGAUGCUACUGAACUUAGCUGCUUUAGGUAUUUUGAUAAUUACAGUCAUUGGCAAUGUUUAUCUCCACCUUGUCACAAUGCGUAUUUAUACUGAUUUUCUUGAAAUAUUUAGUGAAGAGAUUGUAGUAACGAGUUUUAUCUUUAUUUCACUUGUUAUGUUUUGUUCUUCGGCUUUGACCGUUAUAACUACCAGAAGUUAUAUACAAUGCAAGUACCAAGAGAUGCACAAAAUAGCUUUAGAUGAAGAAAAAGUGGACGGGCCAAAAUUUCCAGUUGACAAAUUGAGACUAGUGGUAAAAAAAUAUUGGGUGAUGGCAGUGACAGGAUGCCCCCAAUUUGUAAUGGCGCGUAGUGUGAUUUGCACUGCUUCAGGUUUGAUGUGUGUAUUAGCUGCUCUCACUUUAAUAGAAGCUUACAUUCGGACGCCAAUACAAUACGAUGGAUAUCAGGAGAAUUUUUCAAGCUAUAAGUGGUCAAUCAAAUGGAUUCUAUACGUUCAGUCAAUUGGAGUGGCAUUGGGUAUUAUCGCCCCUGCAUUCAGAUGGUUUACUGCUGCUCGGUUUAAGUGUUCAGAUAUAGGCCGGAAAAGCUUCAAAACCGACUUAAAAAUUGAGACUUAUUGGAUUCAGAGACUUGUGGACUUAAGAGAAAGCCCAUUACCUUUACAAGUUCGACACCGCAAGUGGAAAAAAUUUCUUCAUGAUGUAAAAAGACUACUUCUGAAUUGCUGUCUUGGAUUACAGUAUCUAUUGGUUUGGGCAAGCAAACUUGUUCUUCUCAUUUCUGCCUCAUUUUUCCACGGCAUCAAGAAGCUAAAGAUAUUUGUUAUUGGUGCUUCUGAUGAUACCGGAGGAUCGGAAUCUGGUGGCGAUGCACAGUUGGAUCUUACUCGUUAUGUUCUUUUACUUCAAGGAGAGCCUGGAAUUCCCAAAAAGACCCUCAAAAACAUCGGGGAUGAGGUGGACAAGGUGAUGGAGAAAGGGAAAAAACAGAAACCGAUCAACCUAAUUGAACUUCUACACAAAUCUAACAACUUCAAUGGGGUGAGAGAAUUUGACAAUAAUCAAGUUCCAAGUUUACAUUCUCAGGAGCCUCCUAAUAUCUGGUCUCUACCUUUGGUGACUCUUACAUGCAUCGCAAUUGCACUUCCCAACGUUUCAGAUGACAAUGCUAAUCAGUUAGUGAGGUGUGUCGGGGAAGGCCUUACCUUGUUAAAACAUAUAGAUAAAAGCCUGGAUAAAAAUGGGGAUUUGGCAAUCAUAAAAAAUGCAGCAGAUGUUGAAUGGGUAGGAGUUGAUUUUAAUUGCAAGUGGCAAAAUAAGGAUCUCCGCAAAAUAAGUCGCCAAAGCAAAACCUCCAAGGAACCAUUAGAAGAGCUUUCCAAUGAUGCUGAAAGGACGGUUAAGAAGUUCCUCAGCGAAGUGAAUGAUUUCCUAAUGGUUAAACCUUUGAAUUGGCCAGCUAGGAUUAUAGCUGCUAACUCAAUGUACCGGAUCAGUCGAACUAUUUUGCUGGCCAUUGGCAAUAAUGAAACUGAUGACGGACUGUUUGACCAUUUAUCCCUUAUGAUUGCGGAUAUAUUGGCAGCUUCCCUUACCAAUUUACCACAUGUCAUAAUUACGAAAUGCCACCAUCAUUCCCUAAAGGAAAGGCAAAAGAGUGUUCGUCAAGCUGCUCUCCUUCUUGGUGAAACAGAAGAAAUUCUUCAAAUUCUUCAGCAGCGAGAGAUACCAAGCUUCGAUCCUGAUAGAGCAGCUUAUAUUGAUGAGUGGCAUACUUUUAUCAAGGAAGAUAAUGGGAAUUCUCUGGCCUCAAUUUCGAGUAUUGGAAGUGAGACUCAACAAUCAAAUGAAGAACAUGUAGCUAUUGAACUUCACGAUGGAGUCAAGAACCGAAGCUAG